GAAUGCCGGCUAACAUUCUUUCCAUAUAGCUUUCCUUUGAUUGAUACUAUCAAUGUCCCAAAUAUUGGAUUAUUUGUCCAGGUAGAUGUGCAGAUAUACAUGACAGUGCAAACGUACUCUUGUGAUAUGAAUCAAAAUCAAAGCACCACUCUCUCUCUCUCUCUGUCUCGGCCAUGAUGAUGAUGGAUAGGAGAUUUAGCAGGGAGUCCUCGAGAGAAAGCAAAGGGUCUAUAACCCUGCAAAAGAAAAUUGUUGAGAGUCAGAGACCAAACAAAACCAAAAAUGUACCAGACCUCACAGAUUUCAUGAAUGACAUGUUCUUUGGGACCGUGGACAAUGACAAGAGAUCGUAUGACUUAACUGGGGGCCAUUCGGAAGACGAAGAAGAAAGUUUCGAUGACAGUACAAGGAGCAACAGCAGUAAGUUAACUCAGGAGUGGCUAGAAGAAGCUAGACGUAUGGUGGCGUCAUCUCCUUCGAGGUGUGAAUCCCCUUCUAGACUAGUUGGAUCACCAAGGUUUGCAGCCGUUCCUGCCAGGCUGUCGUCAGCCUCUAUACUUGAUAGGAGGGACCCACUCUCCAGGUCUGCUAGAAGGCACAGAUCAAAGGAAGCUUUCAGUGGAGAAAUACUAACCAAAUCAGCAAAACAUAGCCGUAAUAAAUCAGAAUCAUUAGUCGAGACUCCUGCAGAGCCAUCCCCAGCAUCACAAUUCCAAGGGUGGUUCUCCAACAUCCUCAAACCACCCUCUAAUUUCAAUGCCCCAGUUCCAGACCCCAGCAGCCCCCACCUAUCCAACGACCGUUCCUCCCCACUCUUGGAUCCACCGGCCCUGAAUCUGCCACCUCGGCAGUCAUCAUACCGAAAGUCCCGGUUCCAAACUGAGCCCCCGGCGACCACCGCUCAGGGAAUUCCAGCCACUUCACGUAGAACUUUCAAGCCAGCUCCAAUAUUACGACAAGACAUUCAUUUGCUUUCUCCACCAAAGAAUCUUAUUGAGUCAGCUCAAAGGAGAUCAAUAUCAUCAAACAAAUGUUCCAAACCAGAGACUCAACCGCUGUCCCCACCAAAGAAUCUCAUGGAGUCGUCUCACAGGAGGUCUAUAUCAAAGUCUACUUGUUCCAUUGAGAAAGUUGCACCAAAGCCUCUUGUAAGUGGGUGCAAAAAGGAAGAAGAGGGAGAAGAAGAUUUUAGUCUUAAUGGAUUCCUUAUAGAGGAAAAAACCAAGAUUGAGAAGAUCUUGAAUAGGGAGCUUGAUUCUAAGGCCAAAAUCAUCCUUUCUGGUCCUUCAAACAGUACUAGCUCAAUGGUAGCAGCUAUAUGCUACGCGUUGUUGUUGGCAAAUAGAAUGACGAAGAAUAAAGGAAAUAGUGACAGAGAGGGAACUGUGGUAUUCCCUGUGAUGAAUACAAGGAGAGGGAGAAUGUGGAAGCAGAGACAAGCUGCUUGGUUAUUCCAACAUGUUGGCCUUGAUGCUACCUCAUUGCUCUUCGCUGACGAGGUGGAUUUGGAGAGUCUAAUGAUGGAAGGGAAAUUAAACAUUCUUGUUGUUGGGCAAGAUAUCCUCAGAACUAACGGCGAGGUUGGAUCACAGUGCACUAUUCUUACCGAUAACUACUGUGAAGAUGCCUAUGAUCUACUUCAAACUCCAGUGCUGAAAAAGCUUUUGCUUGCAGGUAUCCUGUUAGACACACAAAAUUUGAAUGCAUCUGCUACCUGUUCUAUGACAAGAGAUGCAGAGGCAGUUCAGUUGCUUCUAGUUGGCUCAACCCCAAAAUAUAGAAAUGCCCUUUUUGAUCAAUUGAUGCAAGAUCAAAGAGACAGCUCCUUUAUUGAAGCACUAAGGCACAACUAUGGAAAGCCCCCCAGUGAGACUGAACAUAUAGGUGGUCGUGAUAAUGGAGCACAAAUGGACCAUAGAGGAACAGAAAGCAGGCCAACCCCUGUCUCUCGACAUGAAGCCAUCCCACAGAAUUCAGAUAAAAAUUCUAAUAAUGUAAGGAAUGGGAAGCCUAACAAUACAACAAAGCAGCUCCUGCAGCAGCACCGACAGAAGCAAGUUCUGAUGCCUCUCGCGGAAAGAACAAGUUCUUCCUGGCAAAGUGGUUUGGUUUUGGUAAAUAAAGAUCAUAAAAACGUUGAUUUGUGACGAGAUUAGAUUUUUUUUAGUGGACAGCUAGUUUCCCUGAAGAAAAAUCUGUUGUGCCUAAUUUAUUAUAUAUAUAUAUAUAUAUAUAUAUUUUUUUUUGUUUUUUUGGUGUGAAAGAAUAAUGAUGGAAGGCACUGAAUAGCCAUUGGCAACAUCAUCUCAUUGUAGCAAUCGUUGUUGAUGGCGGCAAUCUUGUUGUUUACAAAUAAUUGUUUCCACUUGCUAGUCCAUCAAAAGCAAGUAUUUUGUCGCCCAUAUUCUUCAGCACAAAUACAACUAUUAUUAUUAUUAUUAUUAUUACACCUUAAUUUAGACAUGAUCCUGUAAUUAUUUAUGUU